AUGGUAUGCUUGCAGUCGCCCUACCAGAAGCCUUCUGCUACAGGUCAAAACUGGGAGAAGUACAGGAAAACGUUUGGCGACGAUGAAGUCGAGGAGAAGAAGAUCACUCCCCUCUCAGACGAGGAUAUCCAGGUCCUCAAGACAUACGGCGCCGCGCCCUACGGUGCUGCCAUCAAGAAGCUAGAACAGCAAAUAAAGGAGAAGCAGCAGAGCGUGGAUGAGAAGAUUGGCGUCAAGGAAUCAGAUACCGGCCUUGCGCCCCCUCACCUUUGGGAUGUGGCAGCCGACCGUCAGCGUAUGUCAGAAGAGCAACCGCUUCAGGUAGCGCGGUGCACCAAGAUCAUCCCUGACGAGAAGGACGAAUCGAAGAGCAAGUACGUCAUCAACGUCAAGCAGAUCGCCAAGUUUGUGGUCCAGCUGGGCGAGCGAGUCAGUCCGACAGAUAUCGAGGAAGGAAUGCGCGUCGGCGUCGACAGAAACAAGUAUCAGAUUCUCCUUCCGCUGCCUCCCAAGAUCGAUGCGAGCGUUACCAUGAUGACGGUCGAGGAAAAGCCCGACGUCACAUACGGCGAUGUCGGUGGUUGCAAGGAACAGGUCGAGAAGCUACGCGAGGUCGUGGAGAUGCCCCUCUUGUCGCCAGAGCGGUUCGUCAAUCUCGGCAUCGAUCCCCCCAAGGGCGCCCUGCUAUACGGACCUCCCGGUACCGGUAAGACGCUUUGCGCCCGUGCCGUUGCCAACAGGACAGACGCCACCUUCAUCCGUGUCAUUGGUUCCGAGCUGGUUCAAAAGUACGUCGGUGAGGGUGCCCGUAUGGUCCGCGAGCUUUUCGAGAUGGCCCGCACCAAGAAGGCCUGCAUUAUUUUCUUUGACGAAAUUGAUGCUAUUGGUGGAGCCCGGUUCGAUGACGGCGCGGGUGGUGACAACGAAGUUCAGCGUACCAUGUUGGAGCUCAUUACGCAGCUGGAUGGUUUCGAUGCCCGUGGCAACAUCAAGGUCAUGUUUGCUACUAACCGUCCCUCCACGCUGGAUCCCGCCUUGAUGCGUCCCGGACGUAUCGACCGCAAGAUUGAGUUCUCUCUCCCCGAUCUCGAGGGUCGUGCCAACAUUUUGCGCAUCCACGCCAAGAGCAUGUCGGUCGAGCGCGAUAUCCGAUGGGAGCUCAUUUCUCGCCUGUGCCCGAACGCGACGGGUGCUGAGUUGCGUAGUGUUUGCACGGAGGCGGGCAUGUUCGCCAUCCGUGCGCGCAGGAAGGUGGCGUCGGAGAAGGACUUCUUGAGUGCGGUGGACAAGGUCAUCAAGGGCAACCUCAAGUUCAACUCUACUGCGGCCUAUGCCCAGUACAACUAAACGGGAAGGAAGAAGCGCAUCAAUAGCGGAAUGGGGAGUUUGGGGUUUUUGGUUCGUGUUGAAACCGGAAGUCUAGAUGUGUAAUAGAUGAUGAAUCAAGAUGCGGCUCGACAUGGCACUCAUAGCUGGGACUCGGGAGAGUUGGGCCGCCAGAUCCCACACAGUAGACACAAUGCAUUAGGCUCUCCUGACAAGCGAAAUGAACAUACAGACGGAAUGAAUAGAUAUCAUUCCUACUGUUGUUGAUGAGUAAUUUGACUUUGAAGCAAUU